UAAACAACUAAAGAAGUAUAUCACCCACCCGUACCUACUGGACAGGCAACGUCCUCAUCUUCAUCUCCCAGGUUUUCCCCUCCAAUCACCCCCAGGUCUUCCUCUCGCGAGUUGCGGUCUCGCGCCCCCCCUCCGCCGACCGCCGCCUCCUCACAACCGCGGAAGCUGCUUCCCUCUCCAUUGGACGCGGCCAGCUUCCAUCUCUCGGUCACCUCCCUCUACAUCCCACGGCCGCUACCACCUUCCCUCUACCUCACACGGCCGCCGGCCUCUCCAAGGUCUGCACACGGAAUUGUGUAAUUGUGAUGUUGAUUUCACAAUGUCAAGUGUCUAUGGCGUCUCCAUGCAAGUACACACUACACUGGCACCGCGGUUGACAGUCAGAACUUUGAUUGCCUGUCCAAUAGGUACCGGAAAAACCUUGCCACGAGUCGCCGACACUCCAUCCCGGAAGAGCUAACGAGGUGACUCCCCACCGCGCCCAUGGGUGACAGCCAGUACUCCUUCUCCCUCACCACCUUCAGUCCGUCGGGGAAGCUCGUGCAGAUUGAGCACGCGCUCACGGCUGUCGGAUCCGGGCAGACCUCGCUCGGGAUCAAAGCUGCCAAUGGUGUAGUCAUUGCCACUGAGAAGAAGCUGCCUUCUAUUUUAGUGGAUGAAACAUCUGUGCAAAAGAUUCAGGCACUAACACCUAAUAUUGGAGUUGUCUAUAGUGGGAUGGGUCCAGAUUUCCGUGUUCUGGUGAGAAAAAGUCGAAAGCAGGCACAACAAUAUUAUCGGUUGUACAAGGAACAUAUACCUGUAACACAGCUUGUACGAGAGACUGCUGCUGUCAUGCAGGAGUUCACACAGUCAGGUGGUGUGAGACCAUUUGGAGUAUCACUGUUGAUUGCUGGGUAUGAUGACAAUGGCCCGCAGUUGUAUCAGGUUGAUCCCUCAGGAUCAUACUUCUCCUGGAAGGCAUCAGCCAUGGGAAAAAAUGUGUCCAAUGCAAAGACGUUUCUUGAAAAGAGAUACACAGAAGAUAUGGAGCUUGAUGAUGCCAUCCACACUGCAAUUUUGACUUUGAAAGAAGGAUAUGAGGGGCAAAUUUCCUCCAACAACAUUGAAAUCGGAAUUAUUCGAGCUGAUCGUGAGUUCAAAGUUUUAAGCCCAGCAGAGAUCAAGGAUUUCUUGGAAGAGGUGGAGUAAGCUGUCUGUUGAUGAUACUAGUUCAGACAACAAUAGCAGCGUCACUUAUGAGCAGCCAGCCUGAAGAUUGUCUUGGUUUUAUUACUCUGUAAACUGAUUUGCUCCAGCGCCAUGUGGUGGUUACAUUUGAACCCUCCUCAACGCAUACUGUAGACAAUGAGAUAACGUAGGAUGAAUGCUGUAUUUGACAUACUUUGCAGCUUGUUUAUGUGAUGCACGUUCUUGCGGACAGUAUCGAUACCCAGUGUUUAUUGUCGUCU